GUAAAACUCAGCAGCUUCAUUUUGUGUGGAGGGGAAAAUAAACCAUUUCAGGAGUAAAAACACAGUGAAUAUCUAAAUCUAAAGCUAUAAUAUAUAAACACAAAUGAUGAAGAGAAAGAGAUCAGACUCACCAGAACCCAGCUGUGUGUCCAUGAAGAGUGACGCGUCAAUGGAUCCACCAAUACUCUUCAGAGACAGAGACAGUUCUACUGAUGUGAGACCACAAAAGAAGAAAUCAAACAUCAGCAGAAAUCAGUUGGACUCCAUAUUCAAGGAGCUGGAACACAAAGUCAUCACUCUGAUAAAGAAUGUGCUGAAGAGGUUUCAGAAUCUCCUGAGUCCAGAUUACCCAGCAUGCACUGAGAGGGAGGUGGAGGAUGAGGAGGAUCUGCACAGUGUCAGAGAGGGAGCGCUGAAGAUCACACUGCACGUCCUGAAGAACAUGAACCACACAGAUCUCGCUAACACACUGCACAACAAACUCAUCUUUGAGUAUCAGGCAAAGUUGAAAUCCAACCUGAAAGAGAAGUUUAAAAGAAUUAAUGAAGGAAUUUCACAGCACGGAAGCUCAGCGCUUCUGAACGAGAUCUACACAGAGCUCUACAUCACAGAGGGUUGGAGUGGAGAAGUCAAUAAUGAACAUGAGGUGAGACAGAUUGAGACAGCUUCCAGGAGACCAGCAACACAGGAGACACCCAUCAAAUGUAAUGAGCUCUUUAAAGACAAGUCCAUCAGAAGUGUGCUGACUAAAGGAGUUGCUGGAAUUGGAAAAACAGUCUCUGUGCAGAGGUUCAUUCUGGACUGGGCUGAAGGAAAAGCAAAUCAGGACAUCUUCUUCAUGUUUCCACUUCCCUUUAGAGAGCUGAAUUUGAUGAAGCAGAAAAAUCUCAGUCUGAUGAGUCUUCUUCAUCACUUUUUCCCAGAAAUGAGAAAACUAGAAUUAAUAGACUCCUACAAAGUGUUGUUGAUCUUUGAUGGUCUGGAUGAGUGUCGACUUCCUCUAAAUUUCCAGAACAAUGAGAGAUUGUGUGAUGUGACAGAGUCAGCCUCAGUGGAUGUGCUGCUGACAAACCUCAUCAAGGGGAAUCUGCUUCCCUCUGCUCUCCUCUGGAUAACCUCUCGACCAGGAGCAGCCAAUCAGAUCCCUCCUGAGUGUGUAGACCAGGUAACAGAGAUACGAGGCUUCAGUGAUCCUCAGAAAGAGGAGUACUUCAGGAAGAGGAUCAGUGAUCAGAGCCUGGCCAAUAAAAUCAUCACACACAUGAAGUCUUCAAGAAGCCUAUACUUCAUGUGCCACAUCCCAGUCUUCUGCUGGAUUUCAGCCACUGUUCUAGAGAGAAUGUUGGGUGAAGCAGAGAGUGGAGAGAUCCCCAAGACUCUGACUCAAAUGUUCACACACUUCCUUAUCUUUCAGAUCAAACACAAGGACCAAAAGUUCCAUCAGAAAUGUGACCCUGAUCCUCAGCAGACCAGAGAGAGUAUCCUGGCACUGGGAAAACUGGCUUUCCAACAGCUGGAGAAAGGAAACCUGAUCUUCUAUGAGGAAGACCUGAGAGAGUGUGGCAUUGAUGUCAGAGAAGUGUCAGUGUACUCAGGUGUGUGUACUCAAAUCUUCAGAGAGGAGUUUGGGCUUCAGCUGGGGAAGGUGUUCAGCUUUGUACACCUGAGUGUUCAGGAGUUUCUGGCUGCUUUAUAUGCAUUUCUCUCCUUCAUCAGCAGAAAUGUACCAGAACAACAAACCUCUGAUCUGUCUGAACUUUUCAGAAAGUCAAACAUGUCUGAUUUCCUCAGGAGUGCAGUGGACAAGGCCUUACAGAGCGAGAAUGGACAUCUGGACCUGUUCCUCCGCUUCCUUCUGGGUCUCUCACUGGAGUCCAAUCAGAAUCUCUUACGAGGCUUAAUGCCACAGACAGGAAGCAGCUCUCACAGCAAACAGGAAACAGUCGAUUACAUCAAGGAGAAGAUCAGGGAGAAUCCAUCUCCAGAGAAAUCCAUCAAUCUAUUCCACUGUCUGAAUGAACUGAAUGAUCAUUCUCUAGUGCAGGAAGUACAAACUUACCUGAACAGAGGAGAUUCCUGUCGUCUUAGUGAAACCAGUCUCUCUCCUGCUCAGUGGUCAGCUCUGGUGUUUGUGUUACUGAACUCAGAACAGGAGCUGGAUGUGUUUUAUUUGAGGAAAUAUGGCCCAUCAGAGGAAUGUCUUCUGAGGCUGCUGCCAGUGGUCAAAGCCUCCAGAAAAGCUGUGUGA